AUGAAUGGCCUGCUUACCAUUCUUCUUUCUGAUGCGGAGAUUAAAGCAGCGGUUUUUGUUUUUAACAGGGACAGUGCCCCAAGUCCUGACAGUUUUUUGGAUAUUAUCAAAGCCGAUGUCAUUGCCGCGGUGCUGGAGUUUUUCAAUUCGGGUUGGAUUUUACCGGGUUACAAUGCCAAUGCCAUUAUUCUCAUUCCUAAAAAGCAAAAUACCAAUUCACUAGACCAGUUUCAUCUGAUUGCCUUGGCGAAUUUCAAGUUUAAAAUCAUCUCUAAAAUUCUUGUUGACAGGUUAUCUCCCCUUAUUCCGCACCUUAUUUCUCUUGAGCAACAUGGUUUUAUUCACGGAAGACAUAUCAAGGAUAUUAUAGGUCUUGCUUCGGAGUCUAUCAAUUUGCUUGACUCGAAGUUUUGGUGUGGUUGCAUUGUUUUGAAAGUGGAUACUACAGAAGCUUUUGAUACCUUGAAGUGGUCUUUUCUUUUGAAAGUAUUAUAUCAGAUUGAUUUUAAUAGCACCUUCUGCAACUGGAUUCAGAGCAUCCUGUAA